GCAGCGUCCAAAGACGCUAAACGCUCUGCUCCUCUUCGCGAGAGUACUCAGCGAGCGCUCGAAAUGAUUCGUUCGGAGCAGGGUGGAGACCGUCCUCGAGAGAUCUUUGAGCCUCUGCGACUAGCUUGCGAGACGCGGACGGAGAAAUUAAUGAUCGCGAGUUUGGAUUGCAUCUCCAAACUCAUAUCCUAUUCUUUCUUUGCAGAAUCUAUUCCCCCUUCUGCUCAUUUCAUGUCGCCACCCGGUUCUCCUGGUUUGCACCCCCGACAAAGUACUGGAGGGGCUUCGCAAGUCGACAUUAACCCUCCAUCCCUCGUUGACCUUGUCGUUCAUACCAUAACUUCAUGCCAUUCCGAAACGACACCCGAAACUGUAUCACUGCAAAUUGUCAAAGCUUUGCUGGCUCUCGUGUUAUCACCAACGAUAUUGGUUCAUCAUUCGGCUUUACUCAAGGCGGUCCGUACAGUCUACAAUAUCUUCCUGCUGAGUACGGACCCAGUAAACCAAAUGGUUGCGCAAGGAGGCCUUACCCAAAUGACCCACCAUGUAUUUACCCGAUGUAAGGUUGGGGCGCAACGAGAUUCCGGUACAUAUGCGUCUUCUUCUAGCGUGUCUUCAUUUUCUAGAAGAGCUUCUCUCGCUGGCACUUCGUUGGUUAAUGGCGGAAGCGAGCGUGGUUCAUCCACAGGACCGCCCGUGUCCGACUCGUCUGCGUCUCUGCCUCUUCAGCAGCCCUCUAUCAACGGCGAUGACGCCGCACCGGCCACUAACGGCAACGGAGACCUUGAAGGCGGAACAAACUCCGUAAGCAAUGGCAUUGAAGGACCUCACAUGGAUGUCCUACCGGAGGAUGAACACCAUUUGCAUUCAGAAAUGACACUAAAUGACCUGUUCAUCAAAGACGCCUUCUUGGUAUUCCGGGCUCUAUGUAAACUAACCAUGAAACCACUCAACAACGAAAGUGAACGCGACCUCAAGUCACACGCUAUGCGGUCCAAACUUCUUUCUCUACAUCUUGUCCUAACCGUUCUCAAUUCUCACAUGGCGCUCUUCGUUGAUCCCGCUUCCAUCAUAUAUUCGAACACAUCCCAUGACGCAACAUCCUUCGUUCAGGCCGUGAACCAGUAUAUCUGCCUCAGUCUGAGUCGCAAUGCUGUCAGCCCGGUACCACAGGUUUUCGAUCUCAGUGUCGAAAUAUUCUGGCGUGUUCUCUCUGGAAUGAGAACAAAGCUCAAGAAAGAAAUUGAGGUCCUUCUUCACGAAAUUUUCAUCCCCAUCCUCGAAAUGAGAACAUCUACGUUGAAGCAGAAAGCGGUGAUAUUAGGCCUGCUUUCCCGCUUGUCUCAAGAUCCUCAGGCCCUCGUGGAGAUUUAUCUCAAUUAUGAUUGCGAUAGUGAAGCAGCGGACAACAUAUAUGAACAUCUCAUGAACAUUAUAUCGAAAAUAUGCACUACGCAGUCAACAUCAAGUCAUCAGAAAGGGAAUGAACCUCCGAGCCCGGCGACUCAACCAGCUGCUAAGUCCCAUAGUAACGUUCUGGGACCGUCUCUCAGUACUUCCGUCGCCUCCGUACCCGGCUCCAUGGAUACCGCAACGCUAGGGUUAUCUGAGACGCAGCUCAGACGACAGGGCUUGGAAUGCCUUGUGACCGUUUUGAGAUCCUUGGUUGCUUGGGGUACUACUUCCGGAAAGAUGGCUGAUGGGGAGAGCGUUGACGCUCCUUCGCGUUCACAGCCUGGGGAGAACAUUAGACGGGACUCGUUGACCCCAGAUACUUCCCUAGAUAAGUUGUCAGGCGUCAACUCAAGUACGGAAAUUUUCAGGCAACAUACCCCCGAUCUCGGAGAUGAUCCAACCAAAUUCGAGAGCGCGAAGCAAAAGAAGACUACCUUGCUUGAGGGAAUAAAGAAGUUUAACUUUAAGCCUAAACGCGGUGUGCAAUUCUUGAUUGAGACAGGGUUUAUUCCAAGCAAGGAUCCUCGGAAUAUCGCUUCCUUCCUUUUGAGUACUGAUGGCCUGAGCAAGGCGAUGAUUGGCGAAUACUUGGGAGAGGGGGACCAAGAAAAUAUCGAUAUCAUGCAUGCCUUCGUCGAUAGUCUAGACUUCUCCGGUUCACUUUUCGUCGAUGCACUGAGGUUAUUCCUGCAGAAAUUCCGUCUUCCCGGCGAGGCACAGAAGAUUGACAGGUACAUGCUCAAGUUCGCGAACAGGUUUAUCGCCAGCAACACGCAAACACCCUUUGCCAAUGCCGAUGCUGCAUAUGUUCUUGCCUAUUCCGUCAUCCUGUUGAACACGGAUGCCCACAAUCCUCAAGUUAAGAAACGAAUGACCAAAGCCGAGUUCAUUAAGAACAACCGAGGUAUCAACGAUGGCAACAAUCUCCCCGACGAUUUCAUGUCAGAAAUAUAUGAUGAAAUUGUGUCGAACGAGAUAAGAAUGAAGGAUGAGGUAGAACCCGCCGGGCCGCUUCCUGCCGGACCGGGCCUUGCCAAUGCUCUCGCCAACGUCGGCAGGGACCUGCAAAAAGAGGCAUACGUAUUGCAGACCAGUGGUAUGGCGAACAAGACAGAGGCGCUAUUCCGAACCAUGAUGCGUACUCAGCGCAAAGGCUCCAGAUCGGCUGACCAGUUCUUCAGCGCCUCACAUUUCGUCCAUGUCCGCCCUAUGUUUGAAGUCGCCUGGAUUGCCUUUUUGGCGGGAUUAUCUGGACCCCUUCAAGACACAGAUGAUUUGGAGAUCGUCGAGCUAUGCCUUGAUGGUUUUAAGAGUGCGAUCCGGAUCGUAUGCUUUUUCGACUUGGAGUUGGAGCGCAACGCUUUCGUGACGACGCUCGCAAAGUUCACGUUCCUCAACAACUUGGGCGAAAUGAAAGCGAAAAACAUGGAGGCUAUCAAAACUCUUCUUGACGUCGCCGUAACAGAUGGAAACAACUUGAAAGGCUCUUGGCACGAGGUCUUAACAUGUGUCAGCCAGCUCGAGCAUAUGCAACUCAUAAGUGGAGGCGUUGAUGUGGAUGGCGGGCGUAAAGGGAAAAUAAAGAAGCCUCCAACCGAGGAACUAGCCAACGAAAGUCGCUCAACGCACAUCACUGUAGCGACGGACAUGGUCUUUUCGUUGAGUCAUUUCUUGUCCGGCACCGCGAUUGUUGACUUUGUGCAAGCCUUGAGCGAUGUUUCAUGGGAAGAGAUACAGUCGUCGGGACUUUCUCAGCAUCCCCGAUUGUUCAGUCUUCAAAAACUAGUAGAGAUCUCUUACUACAACAUGAAUCGUAUCCGUCUUGAGUGGUCAAAUCUUUGGGAAAUCCUAGGAGAGCACUUCAAUAAAGUUUGUUGUCACGAUAAUCCCCAUGUUGGCUUCUUUGCACUUGACGCCCUGCGGCAACUUGCGAUGCGAUUUUUGGAGAAGGAAGAAUUGCCCCAUUUCAAGUUUCAGAAGGACUUUUUGAAACCAUUCGAGCAUACCAUGAUCCACAAUCCGAACCCUGAAGCUCGGGACAUGGUUCUCCAAUGCCUGCAGCAAAUGAUUCAAGCCCGUGUGCAGAAUAUGCGAUCUGGUUGGCGAACAAUGUUCAGCGUCUUCCAAGCUGCUUCAAAGGUUCUCACGGAACGCAUUGCCAAUUCUGCUUUCGAGAUUGUCACUCGUUUGAAUAAAGAACAUUUCCCAGCCAUAGUCCGUUACGGCGCAUUCGCAGACUUGGUAGUCUGUAUCACCGAGUUCUGCAAGGUGAGCAAAUACCAGAAAAUCAGCUUACUUGCCAUCGCAAUGCUUCGAGGUGUGAUACCCGUCAUGCUCGAAUCUCCAGAAUGUGGAUGGACGUCUUCAACUAUGGAUGAUAACAUGGUGAAGUACUGGUAUCCCGUUCUAUUUGCAUUCUAUGACAUAAUCAUGAACGGCGAAGACCUGGAAGUUCGGCGAUUAGCACUCGAUUCGUUAUUCACUGCUCUUAAAACCUAUGGAUCCUCGUUUCCAGAGAGCUUCUGGGAUAGUGUUACCAAAGACCUUAUUUUCCCCAUAUUUUCGGUUCUCAAGUCUAGUCACGAUCUCUCCCGAUUCAGUACUCAGGAGGACAUGAGUGUCUGGCUUUCGUCGACCAUGAUACAAGCACUUCGAGACGUGAUCGAUCUCUUUACGUUCUACUUCGACACACUAGAAAGAUCCCUCGAUGGUCUCUUGGACCUACUUUGCAUUUGUAUCUGCCAAGAGAAUGAUACUCUUGCACACAUUGGCACGUCCUGCCUGCAGCAACUCGUCGAAAAUAAUGUAGAAAAAUUAAGUGCCGCCCGUUGGGAGCGUAUUACAAGCACCUUCGUCAAACUGUUCAUGACGACAACACCUCAUCAACUCUUUGAUGAUAGCCUACGCGUGGAAAUCGAAUCCCCCAGUCCGGAUGUUAGCGAAGAGUCCAACGGCGCGGCAAUUUUGCCUGCUCCGCUUUCACCUAAUGGUGACUCUCCUCGACAAGGACAGACCGCAGCUGAACGUCGACGGAUAUUCAAACAAAUCAUUGUCAAAUGUGUUUUGCAGUUGCUACUCAUCGAAACCACCAAUGAUUUGCUGCGCAAUGAGAAGGUUUAUAUGACGAUACCCCCAAAUCAAUUGCUUCCCCUUGUCCAGGUCCUCGGACAGAGUUAUCAAUUUGCGAGGUCCUUCAACGAAGACAAGGAACUUCGUACCGGUCUAUGGAAAGUUGGAUUCAUGAAACACUUGCCUAAUCUCUUGAAACAAGAGUCAAGUAGUGCAUCCACACUUGCCCAUAUUCUUUUGCGGAUGUUCUUUGACCCACGUCCUGAACACCAACGGUAUCGUGAUAAGGUCGAUGAACGUCUGCUUCCUCUUUCUAUAGGAGUCAUCCAGGACUACAAUAAGCUGCGUGCGGAUACGCAAGGCAAAAAUAUUGUUGCAUGGACCCCGGUCGUCGCCGAAAUUAUGGAUGGCUUCUGCCGAUUUGAUGAUAAGACAUUCGCUGUGUACCUUCCUGCCGUAUAUCCAGUGGUCACAGAGCUCCUUGGCCGUGAUUUGGCUCCCGAGGUUCGGAUAUCGUUAAAAACGUAUUUUUUACGGGUAGGAUACGCUCACGGAAUAAUAGAGGUCUCAUCGUAAUAUCUGGUUGUAUCGUAUUUAUUCAGUGUAUUUGGUGGCCACGGAUAAUUCAUGUUUCCUUCUGCUCUACGUUAAAAAAUGGACAUGGGACCGUUCAUACCUUGGUCUCAGCUAUGCUUAUCUAUAGAGGAAUUCUACAGAAUUGUCAAAUAGAUAUUCACUGAAUCUCAAAGC